AGUUGUUCAACACAUUUACUAAUUUAAAAUUAAAAGAUUUUAUUCUAUAUAAAAUGAGUUUUAUCGGUUUACUAGCCUCCAAACACUUGAAAAGUUUAACAACUUUUAAAAAUGUACAUUGUACCGGCCAUUUGGCGACUAGGUUAAGGUUUCAACCGAUUUCUACCACCCAGACAGUUAGUGCAGCCCCAAGGACCAUGCGUGCCGAGCGAUACCGGAUCAGGGACCGUGUACCGGAAGCAUUCGACAUAAUCUAUCGGGCCCCUAUGGAAUAUUAUCUUUCCGCUUGCAACAUAAUAACAUCGUUCAGCUUUGUCGCAUUUACUGGGAUUGCAAGCUACACCUACCUGGUAAACUACAACGCCGUGGCAGUUCCGUUCGACAUCGAGUUCGGCAACCUGACGGCCAACGAAAACGAUCUCGCUCUGUUUUUGGGAUUUUUCCUGUUAGCUAAUGUUGCAAUCAGGAUGUUGGUUAACCGGUACGCACUGCGAAUAUAUCGACACGAUGAGAAAUACAUCGCAAUUUUCGAAGGGAAUCUACCGCUCACACGAAGACAGUAUGAGUUCAAGAAGGGAGAUGUCGUUCCGGUCCCAGAGGGAGGUGUCCUACCUUGGCAGGAUGCACGGUACAAAAUCAAUGACAAAUCGGUGCUGAUACUAGAACACCAUUUCCGAACACCUGCCGAAUUUAAUGCUAUGCUGAAAUCAAAUUGAUUUAGUGGAUGGUUAAAAAAAUAGUACAUGUGAUUUGUUAAAAAAAAACUUUAAUUUAGUAUAAAUGUCACAUUCAUGUUGCUAAUUCAUCAUAGUUCAACACUCAGAAUAUCGGUUCGUUGACCUCGUUACGAGAUCGCGAUAGGAAAUGUGUCAAACAUUAUCGAAUAAAUCA